AUGCUCAAAUUACCUGCUGGUGGCUUGUCUAUAACAGAGCCAGCUCAGACAGCGCAAGCCUCCUACUACAAGAUCGCUCCACAUGAAACCAUCACGUUUGGCUGGGAAUUCACCUCUCUCACAGCGACGCCGUCGCGCCUGUACGUUGUAGCGUCAUGUUCCAAAAAUGGCAACACGUACCCCAUUGCGCCAUCGCCAAGUGGGAUCCCAGGCGAUGCCAAGUCCGUCACUUGGUAUCCGUAUGGCUACCGCAUGGAUGCCCAGAAGCACGGGGGCCCAGAUCUUGUCGCUGACAAGUAUCGGCUCAUUAUCUAUGAUGAUAAGGGUCCUACAGGCGUCGCGAAAGGCGGCGAGUUCCAGGCAAACAAUAUGGCCGAGUUCUCCAUGUAUUUUCCCAAAAAAUAUACCCCCUUGUCCGAAUGGACAUGCAAUUCGUGCAACGGUGCUUCGCGCUCUUCGCCACCACUCCCCAGCUCUGCCUUGCUGAUCACGCUCGGCGCCUUGGCGUUUGCAGCGGCCGGCGGCUUCGCAUGUUUAUAG